CGAAAUCUAUCGAGGGUGUGUCGCGCAGCAAAGAACCAAAUUUGAGGAGAAAGGAAUUUUCACAAAAUUAUUAUUGGCAUAGCCAGAAAAUGCCAAUUUUCUCAAAAUACGCGUUGCUCAGAGGCGCUAACAGCGUUCGACGCCAGAGUCAACGACUCUUCGCCGUGUCCAACGCCCACGCCUCGGCCUCGGCCGCCGCUCGUCCAGCAUUGAGCCAGUUUCGUGAUAUACUGAGCAAGCAAAUUACGGGCAUCAAGGAUGCGGGCACCUAUAAAAUGGAGCGUAUUAUCACCUCUUCACAGAGCACAGAGAUCACCGUGGAUGGCACACAGAAACGCAUCUUGAAUUUUUGCGCAAAUAAUUAUCUCGGUUUGGCGAACAAUCCCGAAGUGGUAAACUACAGCAAAGAGCUGCUGGAUAAAUAUGGUGCCGGUCUUAGCUCGGUACGUUUCAUUUGCGGCACACAAACGAUACAUAAGCAGCUGGAAAAGAAAAUUGCCCAGUUCCAUGGGCGUGAAGAUGCCAUUUUGUAUGCGUCUUGCUUUGAUGCCAAUGCCGGUAUAUUCGAAGCAAUCCUGACGCCUGACGACGCCGUCUUUUCCGAUGAACUGAAUCACGCCUCCAUUAUUGAUGGCAUACGUUUAUGUAAGGCGCAGAAGCAGCGCUAUAAGCAUCGUGAUAUGAGUGAUCUCGAAAAGCAACUGCAAUCUUCAACGGCGCGUCUCAAGCUGAUUGUCACCGAUGGCGUCUUCUCAAUGGAUGGCAACAUCGCGCCUUUGCCGAAGAUUGUCGAUCUCGCUGCCAAAUAUGAUGCGUUGGUCUUUAUCGAUGAAUGCCAUGCAACGGGUUUCUUUGGCGCCACCGGACGUGGUACUGAGGAAUACCACAAUCUCCUGGGUCGUGUGGAUAUUAUCAAUUCCACUUUGGGCAAAGCACUUGGUGGUGCUGCUGGUGGUUAUACCACUGGUCCGAAAGAAUUGAUUACGCUACUGCGUCAAAAGUCGCGCCCUUAUCUCUUCUCCAACUCCCUACCACCACCAGUAGUGGCGACUGGCAUUAAGGUUAUGGAUAUGCUAAUGGAUUCCGAUCAGUUGUCACAGCGCGUACAAAGCAAUACAAAACGUUUUCGCGAUGCCAUGACUAAGGCGGGCUUUAUAAUCGCUGGCGAAAAUCAUCCAAUUUGCCCCGUGAUGUUGGGCGAUGCUCGUCUCGCCUCCAUAUUCGCUGAUCAAAUGCUUUCGCGUGGCAUUUAUGUCAUUGGCUUUAGCUAUCCAGUGGUUCCCAAAGGCAAGGCGCGUAUUCGUGUACAAAUAUCGGCGGCGCAUACAACGGACGACGUCGAUCAUGCCGUGGCCGCAUUCAUCGAUGUCGGCAAGUCGCUCAAGGUUAUUAAGUAAAAAGGGCUGACUUCGACAGAUGAAAUGAAUAACUCUUGAAGAAAACUUACGGUUUACGCCACAAAAGCAAAAGGUCUUUGCAUUUAUUAUAU